AUGGAAGAUGCUACACACACUCUCCUUCAAGACUUUGUCGACUCUUUGGCGAAUCUACCAUCUGAGGUGGGCCAUCUGCUGUGCGAGAUAGCCUAUCUAGACUAUGCCAAGAAGUCGGCGAAGGAUGACCAACCGCCGGUUUCGCAAGCCGGUAACGGAGAGUCCGGCUUGAACAAGAAAUGGUAUUCGGUUGAUGAAUCGCGCCGUAAGGCGGCUUCUAAGCAAAGCUCAAUCGUUCGACACUCUCAUAAGCCUCCCAAUAACCUGUUGACUCCUAACCCGAAGGAGCCUGUCCUCAUCGAAAGGGCACUCGCCCAUUAUGACGAUGCUAUCAAGUUGAGCAAGGAGAAGGAGAAAUUCGCUUCUGGAGCAGUCAAUUUGGUCACUCGACACCUUGAAAGACUCAACCAGGAGCUGGCUAAACUGGCAGCCACAACUGGAAUAGAGGUCCCGGAAUUCAAAAGGGAGCCAUCAGAGCCGCCUACGGCCCCGGGCUCAUUGAAUCCAAUGUCCAACGGGGCACCGAAUGCUGCUGGCACUCCUGCUCCAGCCUCUGAAACAGCUCGCAAUAACAAGCGAAAACAACUCUCGAUGGAUACACCUUCUCCGCACAACUUCACGCCUAGCCAACUCCCUAACAUUACGGGGAGUUCUGCAGCUCAAGGGAGUGGCCAAGCCAAUAAACGUCGGGCUGGCCAAGCACGUCAAACACUUCGCAUCCACAUGCCAUCCAUACAGCCCAAAGAAACUGAAGAAAUGGCUGCGAUGGAGUACGACCCAGGUGAGGAAGCAGAGGCUGAUGAAGGAGAAGAGAGUAAUGCCGGAGACGAUGCGACGCUCUAUUGCUUUUGCCAAAAGGUUUCAUACGGUGAAAUGAUUGGGUGUGAUAAUAAAACCUGUCAAUACGAAUGGUUCCAUGUUUCUUGUUUGGGCCUCAAAGAGACGCCAAUUGGCAAGUGGUAUUGUCCUCAAUGUACCGCCGAAGGAAAAGGCCAAAAAUUCUUGCAUACUGGUCGACAACGUAAAAGAGCUUGA